AUGUCCCAACGAUUUCGUGCACCCAACACCCUGCGCGACCGCUCUGCGUUACUUGGCGUUACACCUCCACCCUCGGGGCGUUCGUCUCCUUUCGACCAGUCGUCAUACCAGCCUUCGGGGCAUCGUUAUGCAGACGAUUUGGAGAACCAAAACGACGAGGCACUGGAGGGUUUGUCUGCCAAGGUCAAGCUUCUCAAAGACAUCACUAUUGGCAUUGGGAGCGAGGUCCGAGAGUCUACUAUUCAGCUUAGCCAGAUGAACGAUGCGUUCACGGAGACAGGUGGCAUCCUUGCAGGGACAUUCCGCAGAAUGAACAACAUGGCAGAACGACAAGGAUGUCGUUGGCUGUGGUACAUCGUCUUCCUUAUACUCGUCUUUUGGUUCUUUAUCAUUGUAUGGUGGUUUCGAAGAUGA